AGGGCAAGUAAGAAAGUGAAAGUGUCUGCGGGCGGGCAGGGGAGAUGAGCGCCUGGGUCCUCCCUGCAGGACAGCAGGAAAGCGAGAGCCGCCCGGAGCCAGCCCAGCCCAAGACCUCCCGGCCGCCCAUGCCUCUCUCCUCCAAGCCGCUCACCUCCUUCCUCAUCCAAGACAUCCUGGGGGAUGGCGGGGCGCGGGGCAGGGGCUGCAAGCCCGGGCGCUGCUGCGCUGCCUGCAGCCCGGCGGCGGAGAGCCGGAGCGCGGCUGCCCUGCCGCCCCGCGACGGGCGCCCCGCCUCCCCGGGGGCCCCGCCAGGCCAAGCACGAAGGCACGAGAAGCCACGGCAGCAUCCUGGCACAGAUGUACACAUGGAGUCCUACCUGUCGGACUGCGAAAGCCCUCUGAAGUCUCUACCUGGUACCCAAAGAACCCAAAAGCAGCAAAAGCGCUCACGGACAGCCUUCUCUCACAUGCAGGUCAUCGAAUUGAAAAGGAAGUUCAGUCACCAAAAAUACUUGUCGGCCCCAGAACGAGCCCACCUAGCAAAGAACCUGAAGCUCACAGAGACCCAGGUCAAAAUCUGGUUCCAAAACCGAAGGUACAAAACCAAGAGGAAGCAGCUAGCCUCCGAGCUUGGUGGACUCAAUAAGAACUCCAUUCUCCCAGCCCUGAAAGGGGAGGACCUCUCCAGGGCCUCGCUGAUCUCUGUGUAUAAUGGCUACCAGUACUGCCCAUAUCUGUACUACCUGAAUGGCUGGGGUCCAUCUUUUUGGUAACUACAGCUGAUGACCAGUUGUGUGGGUCUAAACCAAACUUCUUCCUUUUUUACCACGUUGGUCUGUCCAGUACUAACCAGGCAUGGGAGAAAGUGCCUCUGAGCAAACUUGAGCACACUACAUCUCAUAUUUGUCUUAAAGGUGUUUCAGCACUGCUUAAAAAUCUAAGAUAAAAUUUUCCAAAGCACCUACUAAUGCCAUACACCUGCACAGCACUUUUUUUCAUCAGUCAUUCUCAAGGGAGAUCAGCAUCCUAAGUGCAACUUUGUAAAUGGGGAAGCUGAGGUAAAGUGACUUGGCCAAUGUUACCCAGUGAUAGAGCCAGGAUUAAAACCCAGCUCUCCUGCAUACCUGUAUAGUGAUCUGCGCACUAAGAUAGAGCGUUCAACCCACCUCCUUCUCUUCCUUCCCCCAGAAUUGAAAAUCCCCAGAAUUUAGGUGCUUCUGGAAAACUUCUUAGCUAUGACCACCACAUAAGAACCGAAAGGGAAAGAUGUGCUAUAGAAGUUGCCUCUAUUCUUUCAUCUGGAUUAACGCUGUAUUGUGUAGCUGAUGCGGAAUACAGGGUCUUUCAAACAACCAGAGCAAAGCUGAGGGCACUGAAUUAGGAAAACAAAUAGCUGCUUUAUUUUACUUGCAUUUAUAAGUGCUUUUUCUUGAAGGGGAAUUCAGAGUCAUAUGUUCCUAAAGCAAGAGUGUAUAGUAUAUCCCUACAAAUGUCAGGCCAUGUCAAAGAUGCCAGCAUUUAAACCAGUGAUUCUCAUCCAGGGAAGUGGGGCACCCCAGGAUGCUGCCAGAUGCUUUGAAGGGUCCUUUGAGGUGUGAAGAGAUGAGCAGAUAAAUCAGGCUCAGACUUGCCCCUGCCUGCACAAUCCCCCAUCCCUACAGCCCAGUCCCUGUGCAAGGAGGCAAGCACUGAAAUAUAAAAAUCUGUUUUUUGGUUUGUUUGUUUUUUAAUUGGGUGCCACUCAAUUCACAGAAGUUAUGGAAGGGUGUCUCAAGUCCUGUAAAGGGUGCCUGGAGUCCAAAAAGGUUGAGAACCACUGAUUUAAACUAUUGUUGUAUAUGUGUGUAUAAACUGCAUAUCACUGCCUUUUACUGUUUGGAACUAAAACUGCUCAAAUCUCUACCAUGAUACCUAUGCUGCUAGCUGAAGAAGAUUCUCCUCUGACUCAAUGUAAAGGCUUCUGAAGCAGAAAGUCUAAAGCUGUGCCUCUGCUGUCUUAGGGAAGUUGUGCGUGAUUAUGUCUUGCAUAUACCAGACGUGAAACGGUCACGCAUCUUACUAUAUGUGCUAAAUGGGGGGGGGGGGGAGCUCCUCAGCUGAUUUUGAUGUAAUUUCAUUGACAUGGGAUCCAAGACAAUUUGCAGCUGCUGAGAACAUAGCCCUCUAAUUUUCCCAUAAUUUUCAACGGUGAUAGGAUGCCCCCACUGACUUAGCAAUGAUUGAGGAAAACAAAGUGAUUUCAAGAAAAUAGUAGUACAGUGACAGCUCUCUCUCAUAUUUGGGUUUUGACACUAUUUAAACACUAACAUACAGAUUUAAAAUGGAAAGGUUUUCAACUCAGAGUAAAGAGAAAUAAUUUUCUUUCUAAAAGUAGAUAAAAAAAGGCUAGUGGUGUUAAGAAUGAACUUACAGGCUUGUUUGUUGUACAGAUAACCUUGUAGAUCAAACUGGGGACGGAGCACACAUGAAACAGUGAUGUUCAUUUUGCGUAAGUUUAAUACAUACUAUAGUGACUAUGUGUGUGCUACUGAGUACAUGUAGUCUUUAUAGGAAGUAAGGGGGCACAGUUAUUCCCAGGCAACAGUGGAAGUGCAACACAGACAAAACCUUUUAUGCAGUUUCAGUGACAUAACAAUACUUUGCAUGUGUAUUCACAAGCGAUCAAGAAUGGCUCGUUAUUUAAUUAGCUCCCAGAUAUUGAAUGUUGGCUUUGCAGUUACUACUAUUGUAUAAGUUGUUUGAAAUGUAUGGCAAGAUAGCAUCCUGUUUUCUAACUAGUCUGAAUGCAACAGCUAGUAUCUUCAAAUGACACUUCUCCCAGCUCAUGCUCUGUUUACAGCCUCCUUGCUCUAAAAGGAUUGUACCCCAUCUCCCUUAGUCAGCAUUCAGAUUGGAAGGUCAUCUCCAGGCUGUUACAAAACAUGUUUCAAAUCCACCCCUGUUGUUGAGCCACUUUCCAAAAGAAGUGAUUAUACAAUACUUGGAACAAAAGCUUCCUUAUGAACAUAUGCUAUACGGCCCUGAUUCUCAGUGAGUUCGCAAUUCAGGAUCAGACCUGAAUGUAGAAAUCCACACAUUAUUGCCUGGCUUCUCUUGUGGUCACUUUAGAUGUGUGUAAAGCGUAAGUGUUAGCUGGUCAGAAUGGUAGGGUCUGAUUUUUGGUUAACCCAAUGCAACUGAUCUCAUUGAAAUUAUUUCUGACCUUUAUACAGUGUAAGCAAGAGAAGACUGAGGCUUAGUGCAUCUCCUCUACUUUGCACGUGGUAUGGAGCAAGGAAGCAGAGGCUCCAAUUAAUUAUUCUGGGCAACAGUGAGUUGGGUCAUGAGAAUUGUAUAUGAACUAAGCACUUGCUUGGGUUUUUCAAUGGGAAUAUGUUUCUGUUCUAGCUCUGGGUUUUUACUCUUGGAGUAUGAGCAAUAACAAAACCUUCUUGCCACUUCAUCUCUACUGUCUCUGCCUUGUAUUUUGCUGAAUUAGCCUAAUGCAAAUGGUUGCUCUGUAUGUGUGUGUGCACGCGUGCGCAUGCAUUUGAUACUAUUACCACCCUAACAAUGUGUGUAUUUUACCCUGGAAUAAAACAGUGCAGGAGAUUUCCUAGAAACAUGUUGUGGUAGGUUUCUGGGUUGGUUUUUUGUGUCCUGUUUUUAAACUCUACCAUCUGUGUUUCAGACUCCUGCAUUUUUAAGGCUAGACAAAUGUGCAGUAGCACUGAGGCAAGGAUACAUUAGCAAGAACCUGUGCUCCUAUUUCCUUGUAUGCUGGCAUAGGAGGCAGCUGUGGGACCUGUGUUUGGGCCUUGUAUGCAAAGAACAUGGAUGGCUAAAAUGACUCCACAUGCUGGAGCAGAUGUGGCCUGGUAGGCUUGCAUGGUCAUGAAUGGGAAGUAGUCCUUACUACACAAUUACUAGCACUUCAAGGCUGCAAAGCUGGGGCUUGAUGGAAGUCUCUGCUCAAAUUUUAGUGGGUUGGAAUCAGCUUCUAAGGGAGUUCAUACCCUGUGAACAUAAUACUGGAAUGGACGUCCUGGAUCUCAAAGUCCAAGUCUUCUGCUAUUGUAGGUUCCAUAUCACAUAAUCCCUCCUAACUGAUCCAAUUCCGUUUUAAAAGUAGCUAAGUCUUUGACUGGAUGGCUGUUCCAAAACCUCACUAACACUAUGCCCAGCUAUAAGUCCCCUUCUACAGUUUAUAUUUCCUCAAUGCAAUGCCUCCACUUCCAAAAAUAUGACUCUGGCUCUCAAAGCCAUGCUUCAGCCUUUAUUCAGUACAGGCCAGAUACUGUAAUGUCUUAUAUCUGUUGGUCAAGUUGUAUUCUUAAAUGUCAGCUCUCCUUUUGUAGUCACAGGGGCUACUCGGAGUACAUAUGGAAGAAUCAAGCCUUGUGGGAGCUUCAUACAAUUAAGUGUCAAAAGUAGCAAAUACAACAGCAGUUCUUCAAAAUAGCAAUGUAUAACAGGUCACUAUUGUGGAAUCAGAAAAAAAAUAAAUUCCUUAAACUUUGAUCAUUUGAGUUAUGACAUAACCGCUUUGUGGAGAAUUGCUGGCUCUGGACAGUAGAACAGAUAAGGGAAAGUGUUUGUUCUUUGUAACUCCUCUGCAACUGCUUCGCUCACCGCGGCCUUGAAGAUAGCAAAAAGUAUGUACAACUCUGAUUUCCAGGUGCAGGCAGGGAGUGUUAUUUCUCCCUUGUCUCCUCCAUAGUUCUCAUCCUGAUAACAGCAAAGAAGUAAUGAAGUAAUGUUUAUAGCUGCUUUUCUAGCUAAUUUCACUAUAUGAUCACGUGAGUUGUAAGCAACUGUUAAAAAGUAUAUAAGCCUCCUGAUUUUACUCUUGGGAGGGAACCCCUUCCAAGUGCUUGGGAGAUCCAUGUCACUUUGGAGUCCCCGCUACAGCUGUAGUUUCUUUUAAAUAAAAGCUUCUGCUGACCUGA